AUGGAAAGAUUUGAAUACUUUCCAGCACUAAGGGAAAUCUUCAAGGGGACCCUCCUAAUCCUUUGCAUCUAUGCAACGACAGACUAUGCCUAUCCAAAGGAGUGGGCAGAUCUUGCCAAUAAACUCGCUGGUGGCAAUCACAUCUACUUCACUCGGUUAAGUCUCUACAUGACGAUAAUGACACUGGUCCUGAGCUACUGCGUAAAGUACUUUGGGGUCUCGAGCAUCCGAGAGGUGUACAGAGACUCUCUUUCGAUUGCCCUUCCGAUGGAGGGAUUGGUGACAACGGUAUUCUGGAUACUCAACACCAUAGACCCAACACUUCUGAAGGACAGAGAGCUUUAUAUGGCAGGAGUCAGAACACCGCUGGUGAGCGAGUUGUCUCUCCACUUACUUCCCUUGGUUCUUCUUCUUAUAGACCAGGUGGGCGUCAACAUUUAUGAAAGGAAGAGACACUAUUGGGUCUUUGGCUUCUUUGGGGUCAUCUACUUUGGCAUCAUCCACCACUUCCAGAGGAUCAACAACUCCUGGGUUUAUCCGUUCCUGGGAUAUGUGUUAUUGCCAAUGAGAAUCAUCCUGGCCGCCGUAGCCACUCUGCUGGUGAUGGUCUACUAUAGGUUCUUUGUAGGGCUGUCCAGAUUCAUCAAUGCGAGAACAUAUCCGGAAGGCCGAAGAACAAAGCUAUUGUAA